CCAGGAAUUCGGUGCCAUGGGAGAGGAGAGGAUAGAUGGUGCCGAAGGAGGCAAGCGUGAUGCCGAUUCGGGUAGAAGGAACUUCAGGCUGCAUUUUGCUCUCAUAGCGGUGCAAGCAGCAUUCUCUGGCUUCGAGAUCCUGUCGAGGCUAGCGCUGGACCGUGGAGCUGGCAAGUUUUCCUUCAGCUUCUACAGAAACUGCGUGGCUUUCGUGGUGUUGGCGAUUGCGUCUUUGCUCCUGGAAAGGAAGAAACUUGUGCCUUUAACGCUGGCGGCUGGGCUCAAGGUCUUCAUGCUUGGAUUGAUAGGGGUCACUAUCAAUCAGCUGUUGUACUUGACGGGACUUAGCUAUACAUCGGCAGUCUUUGCGUCGGCAUUGAGAAAUUGCAUUCCAGUUUUCACCUUCUUGCUGGCUUUGGUUUCACGGAAGGAGAAACUGAAUCUAAGAACGAGACACGGCCAGGCUAAGCUUCUCGGCUGUUCUCUUGGCGUGUGCGGUUCUGUUUUACUCUCGGUUUACAGGGGGCCAGUGUUGAUCCGAAGUUCUUUGUCCUUGUUUCAUGUCGAUGGCUCACAACACUUUCGAGCGAUAGAUGUGACAAAGAAACAAUAUAUACAGUUUCUGAAGUUCAUCCGGGUGGAGAUGGCAUCCUGGACACUCGGAGCAGUGUGCUUGAUCGGCUCUUGUCUGUCGUUCUCUAGUUUUCUCAUCCUCCAGGUUUCUGUCCUCGCCAAAAAUCCUGCUCCCAUUACCUUCGCUAGUUUUUGCUGCUUAUCAAGCCUGGUGCAGUUCCCACUGCUGGCCUUGGUGUUUGAGCCGGAGCACUGGUCGAGCUGGAAAAGAAUCUCUUCAAGUGAAGCUUUGAGCAUCGGUUAUGCGGGUGCUAUAGCAUCAGGCUUUGUGUCCGCUGUUCAGUCGUGGGGAGUUCAUCGAGGAGGCCCGGUGGUGGUAGCUGCCUAUCAGCCUCUAGAAACAGUCAUAACAGCGUUUCUCGGCUUGAUUUUUCUACGAGAGAGCUUGCACCUUGGAAGCCUUAUUGGUGCGCUAGUCGUAGUGACCGGCCUCUAUCUCCUCAUCUGGGGCCAAGAAAAGGAGCACCAGCUCGUUGCUUCCGAUCAAAGCAACUUACCAUUCUCGAUAACGAGAACCUUCGACAUGCACAGCUCAAGCAGCAAGGUAUUUCCAGACAACGCGCCCUUCUCAAUAACAAGAUCAUUCGACGCCUCAAACAAUAGCUCGCGGAAGGUUUUCCCGGAGCCGCCGCUGACCACACUCUCGCGUCAAGAUCAACCAGCUCUUGCGGAGAUCACACCAGCAGUGACAGUGGCCGACAUACUCGAAAACUCCAACAAGUGGAGAGUGUACACAGUAAACAAUGCGUUCCAAGAAGCUGAAGAAGAAAAUGUAAGCCAUCGCGAGCGACCAUUCUCGCAAGGACGAUAGACGGUACUUUAGAGUCACAUCCUUUUCCUUGUAAGUUCUAUAACUUGGAUAUGAUUGAUGCAGAUAUAGAAACAACACAGCCAGCCAAAGUUUUGUCAACAAGAAUUAAAUUCGAUCCAAAGGAUUAUAUUGUACA